AUGGCUUCAGUUAACAUUCGUUGUAUUCCGGAUAAUCCCUAUGCAAUUAUUGGUGUAGUGAAUACGAAAAGAGCUCGAAUAGAAAUUGAGACAAAGGCAAACGAACAAAAUGCUGAAAUAACUAAACGAAAUCCAAUCAAUUUGGUAUUGGUACUUGAUCGUAGUGGUUCAAUGGCAUCAAACAAUAAAUUAGAAUUCGCAAAAAAAGCUGUUAUCUCCGUACUUAAUUUGCUUCAUGAUGACGAUGUUGUACACCUAAUUGCCUAUGAUGAUAACAUAUGGAACAUCUUUGAAAAUGCACGUGCAUCAGCUCGUCAAGUUCUUUAUUCGGUUGUAGAAGGAAUUAAAAGUGGCGGUCAAACUUACUUAUCUGGUGCUAUUGAAACAGGCGCCAAUCUUUUUGAAAAAUAUGCAUAUCCUGGAUAUUCCAAACGUAUGUUCGUAUUAUCAGAUGGAUUAGCAAAUGUUGGAUUAAGAACAAAAGAAGAAAUUAUGAAGGCUGUUAAGAAAUAUAAUGAAAAAGGAAUUAUAAUUGAUUCAUUUGGUGUUGGAGAAGAUUUUGAUGCAGAAAUUAUGAAAGGUAUUGCUGAAGCUGGAUGUGGUCAAUUCUUUUUCCUUGAAUCGGCUGAAGUCAUUGUAACAUUAAUGACAAAAGCACUACAGAGUGUUUUCGAUGUUUGUGGAACACAAACUCAACUAAUUAUUCGCGGUCGUAAUAAUACAAUUGUAACAAAAAUAUGGGGCCAUGAAAAUAUUGCAUUGGGUGCAAAUCUUGGCGAUCUUCAUGUCGAUAACCUUCGUGUUAUUCUCUGUGAUUUUACAGUUUCUGGAACAGUACCCGAAGGUACAGAAGUUGAUGCUCUCGACUAUCAAUUGACGUACCAUCGUCCGGGUCAUGUUGAAGAAGAACCUCUAACAGUUACUGGUAAACUAUCAGUAAUAUUUGUUAACGAUGAAUCACUCAUUAAAGAAAUUGAUCCAAGAGUUAAAACCUUACAUGCUGUUCAAGUUGCAGGAGAAAUGGAUGACAGAAUUGCUCAAUUGAUAGACAGUAAUAGGAGAGACGAUGCCAUUGCACUCAUUACUGAGCAAAUUACUCUCCUGAAACAAGUCGAACAUUUAGAUGACGAGAAAGGUAUGAUUGAGAUGUUAGUCCGUAUGGCAGAAAACAUGCAAAAUCGAUUGAAAGAACAAGCAGUUAGCGCAAAAACUGCUGCUAAAUAUUAUGGCCAUCAUGGUCAUAUGAAAAAAUGCCAUGAUUACAAAUACACUCAUCACUAUGCAGAUGAGGACUAG